CAAAAUUAGAUCAAUUCAAAAACCCUUAACCAAAGUCUUUCUUUUCCCCUUUCUUCUUCUUCUUCUUCUUCUUCACCGUCCUCCUCCUCCUCCCCCAUUCCCCUGAUUUCCACAUACCCCUUCUUCUCUCUCUCUAUAUCUAUAUGUAACAACUUAUAUCUAUACACACAUACCCAGAUUGAAAACUUGUUACUGUUCAUGUCAAACAAGAUGAACAGUGGGGUUAAGGUUUCCAUCCCAAACAACGUUAGAAAGACGAUCCAGAACAUCAAGGAGAUCACUGGUAGUCACAGUGAAGAUGAGAUAUAUGCAAUGCUUAAAGAUUGUUCUAUGGAUCCAAACGAGACUGCCCAGAAGCUUUUAUUGCAAGAUCCGUUUCAUGAAGUAAGGAGGAAGCGUGACCGCAAGAAAGAGCCGAAUGUUGUUAAGGAAUCUACGGAGACUAGGUGGAAACCUGGGAUGCAGGGUCGGGGAAGCAGGGGUGGUAGGGGGAACUACUCGUCUCGCCACAAUUCUCAUGAUGCAGGCAGUAACAAGAAUGCUCCAUCUGGAAAAGAAAGUGAGAUCAAUCAUGUUGCAGAUGAUGGUGUAAUUCUGCCUGCACCUCAGGAUAAGAAGAGUAAAGAAAUAACCGUGGUUCCAAGUUCUUGCAUAGUUGCUGAGAAAAGUAGUACCAUACCAGCAAGUGGUAUCAAUGAAUCUGAAGUCAAAAUCUUGACAGCUGCUUUGGGAGAUUUGUCUGCUUCGGAUUCUGUUCUUAUGCCAUCACAGGAUUCCCAACUUCCUGUUGGUACAAUUAGCCUUGAAGUUGGAAGUCAACAAACUCCUCUCGAAAAAGUCAACGAGGAUUUCGUCGAGAUUGAAAGCAAAACUGCCUCUGUACUGGAUGUCGGGAGCUCCUUCAUGCAAGGAAAGAUGUUUCAAGGAGACGGGCCUCAUAACAGGCCACAUCAAGUGAUUGGGCUUCAUAAGGUCGCUCCUGCUAAGGAAUGGAAACCAAAACCGACAAAUCCUAUUCCUGCUCAAGCACUUGUGACGGAGGUGCCAGCUAUUCCCGUUUCCGUUCCCGUUGAAGCUCCUCCGUCAUCAAUGACAGAAUCCGGUAUUCCAGAGUCAAAGGAAUCACGCAUUCCAGACGGUCAACAAGUUAUUAUUCCAAACCACCUUCAUGUUCCCGAAGCUGAGAAACUAGGGUUCUGCUUUGGAAGCUUUGAUGCUUCUUUUGGGCUUAAUUCAAACACCUUAAGCGGGCCUGGUGGGCCUGGCCCUAUGAUUGACGAGAAUCGAUCUAUUUCCGAGGCUUCUGAGGAGACCACUGAACAUAUAGAGGAACAGACUAACAGGGAUCAAGAUGUGUUGGCGACUGCUGAUGAUGGAGAUAAUCUUGACCGUCCACCAUCCUCUGAUGAUGUACCUGAAAAUGUGUCACCUGAAGGUGAUGUGUCAUCUAACGUGGGCCCUGAGCACGCCGAAUCCAAGCAAGAGACUUCACUCCCGGUGCCAGGUCAUCAAUAUCCGGUGGUUCAUCCUUCUUCGAACAUAAGUUUUGGCUUCAUCCCACCAAUCAUUGGCAACCACCUGCCACCUUUUGAAAGCAACGAGUCUCAACCUCGUGAUGCUUCUCGUGUCCCAACCUUUGUUGUUCCACAACCGUUUGACCCGGUAGGCUAUUAUCCACAAUUUUAUCGUUCUGGCGGUGAUAGUGACGGGCGCAUAUCACCUUUCCACACACCCAAGUACAACGGAAACGUCCCAGUUUUAUCUCAACAGACUUCUCAAUCCACUCAAGAGGUUGGGAACGCUUUAAUGUUGUCUGGUGCGGGUCCUACACCACUAGCCUCACAACCCGGUGGGGUAAUGCUGAGCUCCAUAGCGGUGACUCAGCAACCACUGCCGGUGUUCAGGCAGCCACCUGGGUUACAUUUACCGCAUUACCCUCCAAAUUAUAUCCCAUACGGCCCGUAUUUCUUCCCACAUUACCUUCCUCCACCCGCCAUUCAUCAAUUUUUGAGCAACGGAGCGUUCCCUCAACAACCUCCAGCUGGCGGUAUGCAUCCGGCUCCGCCAGUGUCAACUCCGAAAUAUCCACUUCAGCAAUACAAGCCUGGAAGUAAUGGCUCUAACCCUGGAACGUAUGGUCCGUAUGGCUCCAACCCAGCGGGUUAUAAUUUGAACUCGGCUGUGACAGCUGGGAAUUCAACUUCUAAUGAAGACCUUGGUGGGUCCCAGUUCAAGGAAAAUAAUGUGUAUGCAACAGGGCAGCAGAGUGAAGGUUCGGGUGUAUGGAUAGCUGCACCUGGUAGAGACAUAUCUGGUAUGCAAGCAAAUUCUUUCUAUAAUCUUCCACAAGGCGGUCAAGUUGCAUAUACACCGACACAGGCUGCACACGCCACUUUCGCUAGUAUUUAUCAACCAGUCACCACCACACCCAUUCACCCACUUCUCCAACAACCUCAGACAAUGGCUGGCGGUGUUGACAUGGUGGGACCCGCGUCUACAGUCUAUCAGCAGCCACCGCAGCCCCCUCAAAUCAACUGGCCUAACAACUACUGAAAAAACAGUCCAAUCGUUUAGUUUUUAAAACCAGCAAAAACUAGAGACACAAAACCCGGAUAUGGAUUUGUUUUUUUCUCGCCGGUUCCAGCAGUAGAUUUGGAAAAUGGUAGAAAAAUCAUGAGAAAGAUAAAGUUGGUGGAGUUGAGUGUAAAGCAUUUUAUAGGAGCCCGUUUUCAAGUUAGUUGAGCCCCCGUUUCUCCCCUCGAGAGUUGUGUAAGCGUUGCGUAUUCGUAUUAGAACCACCAUGAGAGUUGACUAUCUUGAUUCUUGUCUCUUUUAACUUUUUGUUUUGGUUUGAAAUUUGAGGUUUUAUAGGUGGUAUAAUUGGGGUUUUAGAGGGUUUUCUUAUUUUGUAAAGUGAUUUUGGAUAUAGCAAGAAUGUACUUGAACUGUUGUAAUUGGUAUUUGGUAUAAGCAAAAGCAGCAUUCAUAAUUGUUUCAA